GAUUUGACGGCCAUUUUGUGUUGUCUUGCUGUCGAAAUAUCAUAAAAACUUUAGAUAUUCUCAAAAUGCCACAGCCAGAGGAGCCAAUUUACUGCUCUCAACAGAUAAAUAUACCACCCGAGUUACCAGAUAUCCUAAAACAGUUUACAAAAGCGGCAAUAAGAACACAACCGACCGAUGUUUUACAAUGGUCAUAUGCUUACUUCGAGGCUCUUUCCAAAGGUGAAACUCCUCCUGUAAAAGAUCGUCUUGAAUUUGAGCUUGGUCAACCAUUAGAAAAGCCGCUAACGCAAGGACAGCUAGCCGUUCUUCACAAACAGCUUGGUGACAGACCAUUGAUUGAGCUGAGCUCUUUAGAGGAAAAGUGGAAGCACCUUUGCCUUCCYAAGAAUACUCUUGAAGAACUUUUGAGACUGGGAAGUUUUGCUGAAGAAAUCAAGUGGAUACAUUUCUUGGCUCUUGCUUGCAGUGCUAUCAGUGAAAACUUAACACUUGCCAUGAAAGCAGUUUGUGAAAUUCUGACCAAAAACUUGGAAGGUGGACCCGCACAGAUUCCUUUCCUAAUUUUCAAGGAAUUAUACACAUAUCUUGCGAAUAUUGAUGGUGAAAUCCCAAAGGAACAUGUGGAAACAGUCAUUGACCACCUWAGCUAUGAUGUAGACAAGCAAGAUGGAAUGGUUGGUCCUCGUAAUUUCAUGAGYGGUAACUGUCCUCCACUCUCACCAGGCAACUAACUAUUGUAGAUAACACUUGUAUAUAGCUCUGGUUACAUAAACCAUCACUGUACAAUAAACAUUACCCUAUUAGUA